CCAGGCCCCGAGGUUCGCCAGACAGCUCAGGGAGGGUUCCGCUCUGGACAGUGGCACAUCGUACAGGGGCCGUAGCACAUCUUCCUCGUCGUCCCCCUCCCAGUAAUCUGACGCCGGACACAGGGCUCCAACUACUGGACCCCGAUCCCUCUGCUCUGAGCUUCCUGGGGGCUUUCUGUGGACUUCCUUGCUCAUCCAGCUCCCCUGCUACCCCCAGACCUCCUCAGCUACAGGUUGCUGCUUCCUUGUGGCCGGCAGCCAUGAGGUCCCGGCUUUUGCUUUCCGUGGCCCACCUGCCCACAAUUCGGGAGACCUUGGAGGAGAUGCUGCCCAGUGGGCCUGGAGAGGACCCCCCCGCCUCCCCUAGCCUGGAUGACUACGUGAAGUCCAUCUGUCAGCUGGCGCAGCCCACCUCAGUGCCGGAUGAGGCUGCAGCCAGGGUCCGACCCAGUAGACCCCACCGGCCAGCCCGUUCCCGUGAGAAGAGCUGCACCACUGGGUCCCUACAGGACAUCACCACCCGCUUCAGUGGCCAGCAGCCCACACUGCCCGGGGCCAGCACUGUGGACCCUCUGGACUGGCUCUUUGGGGAGUCUCAGGAAAAUUGGCCAAGUGGGAGGGACAUGCCAAGGAGGACUGGAUCCUCUGCUGACCCCUGGGCUUCAUGCAGACAGAUGGACAGAGGCAAGGCCCGGGGGGCCCCCAGAGGGAGGGUGAGUGAUGUCAGGGCUCCAGGGCACUCUCUGCUGAGACUGCAGAGGGACUGGUGCCAGUACUCCCAGGCUUCUGGGCAACCUGGCCAGGAUGCAGUUUCCCCAACAAGCCCCCGUCCCAGCAGCGUCCUUAGAACUCUCUAUUUGCACCUCCCCGUGAUCCAUGAACUCUGACCCCUCCCCAAUAAAGACUUCUGCAAAUCACAUACAGGUCUGCAUCACCUCUCCACCCUCUCCCUCCCCCCACCCCAGGUGGGCACCGCCCCUGGCAGGUCUCUGGGAGGGAACAGAGCCUCUGCAGAGAGGCUUCCUGCUUUGGCAACUCAUAGUGAGACCCCUGCUCCAAAUAAGGGCCUAUCUCACAUGAUGUGGUAAUCGAUACGCAUCCCGUCUGCACUACUCCUAACUGGCUGAUCACCUCGGGCAAGUUAUUUUAACAUCUCUUCCUUGGUUUUCUCACAGGUAAAAUGGGGGUAAUUAAUGGGACCUGCCUCCUAGGUUGUGCUGAUGAGUAAAUGGGCUAAAACGCGCAUACAUCCUGGGGCGCAUGUUACAAGCCCACACACGGAGUACCUGUUGUUUACGUGGCUGCCUCACAGGUGGGGAAAUGAGUAGGUGGGGGGAGAGGAGAAGCAAAGGCCUCAGCCCUGGUGGUUUCAGAGCCAGGCCCUGGGCACUCUCAAAUCAGCCCCGUGGCUCCCCACACCCCUGCUCCCCCCAAGAGGCCCAUGAGCAAACUGGGGGUCUCAGCAAAUGCACCUGCUGUGUUUUGGGGGACUUGUCACUGGGCCACCCGCGGGUACCUCAGUGGCUCCACCUCACAGGUCCUGUUGUGUCGUGGGGAGCGUUUUCCCCACACUGAUGGCCAAGACAGAACCUGCACCAGCUAAGCCUGCAGGGCACCAAACAACUGGACCAGGUGGCCCUGUCCCCGCCCGUCCCCACCCUUACCUGCCUCCACCCAAGGGCCACUUAUCCGUGGGGCAAAGUGCAGGGUGUUGUCCAGGUGCCCUGCUCUCGGGCAAGUUCAGGGGCCAGGGCCUCACUCCACAUGUCCAUGGGUCCCCCACAGCCCUGGGUCCCUACAUCCUGGCAAAUCCCAGUUCCCAGGGGCAUCUGGCAAGCAAGGAGGUGAGGGUGAGGGAUAGGGGAGGGGGCAGAUUGCUUUCCUCAGGGAGACAGGUGAGGCAUCAGAGAACUCAAAGAGACAGGCUUAAGACCCAUUGCCCUGUUCUCUUGGGCCAAGCCAGAGCUGGCUGCCCUGGUCAGCGUGGGAGGGACAGAGGAGAGGAGGAGGAUGCAGCUGGGGCCAUGGGCAAGCUCAUGGCCAGGUUCAGCUUCCCCCACCUCCUUGCCCUGUGGACUAGCAAACUACUUUGCCUUCCAUUUCUCUCUCUCCCUCCCUCCCUCCAUCCUUCCCUUCCCCCCUUUUUCCUUUCUUUCUUUCUGACUUUAAAAUAUUUUAAAAAUUGCUUUGGACAUUUACAAUAUUUAUCUGUCCUCUUUUUUUUUUUUUUUUUGCGGUACGCGGGUCCC